AUGGGAGAGAGAAAAAUAGAGAGAGAAAAGUUGAAAGGGAAAAUAGAUUCCGGCGAGGUAUGGAAGGCUUUUGUCGAUAAUCUUAGCAGGAGAGUUUCUCGACAUGAGCUAAGGGAUAUCUUCUCAUCUCAGGGAACUGUGGAGAGAGUUUUCAUCCCAAAAGAAACUAGAAAUCCAAAAUAUAGAUUUUCCACUUUCGCAUUUGUUCAGUUUGAGAGGGAAUCUGGUCUGAAGAGGGCAAUCGAUAUGUUAAACGGUUCACUGAUAGAUGGGAGAAGGAUUACAGUUGGAGUUGCAAAAUACACUGAUGUUCGUCCAAGGAAAUAG